AUGAGGCUCAGGGACUUCCCGUCCUUCAUACGCACCACGGAUCCGGACGAGUACAUAGUGCACUACGUCCUGAGGGAGACGGAACGCACGGCCGGCGCGUCGGCCGUCAUCCUCAACAGCUUCGCCGACCUAGAGGGCGAGGCGGUGGAGGCCAUGGAGGCGCUCGGCCUGCCCAAGAGCUUGUGCGGCGGCGUGCCGGUGAUCAGCUGGCCAUUCUUCGCAGACCAGCAGACCAACUGCAGGUACCAGUGCAACGAGUGGGGCGUUGGCAUGGAGAUCGAUAACAACGUCCGGCGCGACGCCGUCGCGGGGCUUAUCACGGAGAUCAUGGAAGGGGAGAAGGGGAAGGGGAUGAGGAAGAGAGCGGCGGAGUGGAAGAAGAGCGCGGUCAAGGCGGCCAUGCCCGGCGGCUCGUCUCACCGCAACUUUGAUGGGCUGGUCUACGACGUGCUCCUGCUCAAGAACUAG